AUGAUAGAACAAAAACUUGCAAAAUCGAUAAAUAGAACGUGCAGUUUCUAGAGAUAAUAAUAAAUUAUGAAUUGCAAUGUCGCCGUUAUCAAUGCAAAUGAGUUACGUCAAUUGAGUUACGUCAACUGCUUCACUCCACACAACUCUAGAAACUGCACGUUCUAUUUAUCAAUUUUGUAAGUUUUUGUUCUAUUAGCGGCUAUUAGCAAAUUAAUCAUGCCACUUAAUCGGCAUUAAAAGUUUCUCGUAAAAGUACUGGUUUCAAGCUUUAGUUCCUUUUUUAAAACACUUCUGUAUCAUAAAUAUUUUCUGUUUAACAAACGUUUAAAGUUUGGUAAAUUUUUCCUAAAUUUUUAGUGUACCUCUUUUUUUGGUGGUAUGUAAAUAUAUAUUUUAAAAUUUUUUAAACAUAGUUUUUGUAUUACUCACAUAUCAAGACUGAAACACAUAUCCAGAUAGUACGAUGUAUAAUACGUUUACUUUUUUAUUACAUGCGUAAAUCCUUGUUUUCAAGAAUGUAAUUUUGGCAAUCUUAUUCUAUAUUCAAUUAAACAAAACAUAUCCGGCAUAUCAUUUUCUACAAAUACACUUUAAUUGACCACAUACUUACAUUUAAAUUUUUUAAUGAAAGUAGUCUUUUUAUACCGAGCGUAUAAAAGUUUGAUAUGAGCGAGUAUAAAAGUUUGAUAUGAGCGAGUAAACCGAAUCUAUUUGUGUUUUAAUUUUCUUUUCGUUAUAUUGUGUUAGUUUAUAUUCGUAGCCUUCUAUACAUGACACAUUUAUGCACACUUAUAAAAUAAUUGAAAAUUGACUUUUUCCUAGUAUUAUAAACAGCAAUUAGUACAAUAUAACAGUAUUAAAUCAAAAAAGUAUUUUUACGUGUUAAAAAUAAUGAAUUAAAGUAUUGCAGACAUUAGAAAUACAAAAUCCGCGUGAAGUUGGAGCAGAUAUAACAAAUUAUUCCAAUUUUCUUAAUUGUAUAGACCUUUAGAGUAUUUAGUCUAACAAAAGUAGUAAAAGAUUAAAUAUUAUUUCAGUGUCCUUAUCAUUUCAAAAAAUAUACAUUGCAGAAAAAAAUUGAGUUAUUGAUAGCAUUCGUUAUUAGGCAAAAAUUUUUUUUGUUGCUUUCGCUAUAAUUUAUUACUUAUAUAAAACUAACAUGGAAAUUAUAUUUCUUAUUUAUUUCUUAUUAGUUGAAUUGAAUUACACACAUCAGGAGAAAUGUGGGCCUACCUUGUUCUUCUAGCCGUCAUUUUGACUAUAUUACAUGCAUUAUAUCAAAAGAAUUACUUCAGAAUCAUCAGGUUUAUUUUCACUCUUAAUUGGCCAAAAACGGUGCUCAUUCUUGGCAAUGCAAACCUCUUUAUUGAAGAAAAUCUCUUGAGGCUUUCGUGGCCAUUGAUAUCGUUAACCGAGAGGGUUUCCAGAUGGAUGCCACGUUGGGCACUUUGCCGACGUUUCGCAAACAUUGCAGCUUGCAUCAUCAGGGCUGAGAGCUCCGAUAUUGGUUUCCAUCUUAUUAAAAUAUUGGAAAAAAUAGCAGACGAGCAUCAGAAUUAUGGUCGCAUUAUUCGCAUUUGGAUGACGUUUGUGAUCAUCGAGCCGGAGGAUAUCGAAAUAAUAGUCAAAAGCUCAAAACACCUAGCAAAGGCAUCUUUUUACAAGCUGCUCAAUUUUCUGGGUAAGGGUCUUAUUACUCAAGAUGUCGACAAAUGGAAGGUACAUCGGAAAAUCUUACAACUGGCCUUCCAUCCCUCUAUGUUAAAAAAAUUUAUCGAAACAUUUGGCGAGUGCGCCGAUCGCCUAGUUGACAAGUUGCUCGAAAAGGAUGGGGAAGAUAUAAACAUCACUACAUUUGUUAACAACUCGGUCUACGAUAUAGUGAGAGAAACGAUUUUGGGCAUCCCGGCAAGCCAAACGUACAAUGACGGAGAGGAUAAAUUUAGACAGAACCCGUUUACGAUGAUGUAUAGAUUUGCGCAUCCAUGGUUGCUAAUUGAUUGGAUUUACCGAUUGACAGCAGCUAGCAAAUCAGAGCAACAACACCAAAAUGAAUUGAUGGACUUUUGUUAUAAAAAAAUGGAGAAAAUGCACGAAUCUUCACAAAAGAACGAUUUCUUCAACGACUCAAGAAAAACAUCUUUACUUGAGUUCAUGAUCGAGUACAUGACCAACACGAACGAUCCGCAAAUCACUAAACAAGAAGCUAUUGAAGAAUGCUGCACCUUUAUGUUGGCCGGCCAGGAAUCAGUCGCCACAUCUACUGCAAUUACUCUUUUUUAUUUGGCAAGGAAUCAAAAAUGGCAAAAAAAAUGUAUCGAGGAAUUAAAUGAGAUUUUUGGUGAAGAUAGAAGAUCACCAAUUAUGGAAGAUCUCACCAAGAUGAAAAACUUGGAAAUGUGCAUUAAAGAAUCUUUAAGAUUAUAUCCUUCAGUACCUUUGUUUGCGAGGACACUCGGGAAGGAUAUCACAGUAGGAGAACGUGUAAUACCGGCCGGGUGCAAUGUAAUUAUAAUGCCAUAUUGUACGCAUCGAUUACCUCAUCAUUUUCCUGAUCCUCACGAUUUCAAACCAGAGCGGUUUAGCCCUGAAAACUCCGAAACAAGGCAUCCAUUUGCCUACAUACCAUUCAGCGGUGGACGUCGCAACUGUAUUGGAUCCAAUUUUGCCAUGCUCCAGAUGAAGUCGAUCAUCAGCGCUAUUCUGAGGAAGAGUCAAUUAGAACCGGUCGUUGGCAAGAAAAACUUUUUAGCUAAAUAUCGCAUAACGAUUAGAGCACAUGGCGGACUUUGGAUCAAAAUAAAAGCGAAUGAUAAAUACAAACCAAAGCAAUCCUACUCAUUAGGGACGGAAACUUUUGAUUUUUCUGGGUGUUGAGUACCCCAUCAAAGCGUGGAGGGCGGGGUGGGAGUGUAGUUAGUUUCAAACACAUCCUUUUGUUAUACAGGGUGUCAGAUGAAGUUUUCCCAUGGUCUCGUAGAUUGAUAGAGCAAGUCAAACUGAGCAAAAAAAUUCUGUAUUAUUUUUCAAUAUUCGCAAUAAUUACCGAGAUAAAAAUUACUGAAGUCGGCAAAUGAGCGCGUACUUUUCCUAAUCACCGCACGCAAGGACCACUCGUCGAUACGCGUUCAUUCGCCAAUUUUAUUAAUUUUUAUCUCGCUUAACUAUUGCAAAUAUUAGAAAAUAGUACAGGACCGUUUGACUUGCUCUAUCAACUCCCGAGACGACAGGCGAACUUCAUCUGACACCCUGUAUAUGCAAAAUAUCUUUUUUGUAUAUAUUCUUUUCUACAUUUAAUUUUUUUCAUAUAUUUUCUUUUUACAAAUAUAAAUCUUCUUCUUUUAUGUUUUUUAUCUUUGUUACGUCCGGGGAACUCCACGAUUUCCCUUUUUGCCGAUAGUUAGUAUCACUUGCGUUAUUAAAAAAAAAACGUGACGGCAUGAGAAAUUAAAAAUUUAACUUUAUCUAAGCCAAGAUAAAGAUAAGUCCGGACGUCGUACAAGAAUUAUCAUAUUAGAAAUUAUAAGGGAUCUGGAUCUGUUUAUUCAUGCGCAUGACUCAUCACGGAUCACUCACAGUAGCUAAUCCUUAGCAAAUUAACGAUAAGGGGAUACGGGUUAUAAAUUUAAACAAAAUUGAUAGAGAAUCUCUCGAGCGACUCAAUAAUCAGCUCCUCUUAGAAUUGAGAAAACUCGAGGAAGGAUAACCAACCCAAUAAACACUUAUUUAUAUAAAUGUGAUAUAAUAUACGUAUUAAUGGUAUAUAAAUGGUGUAGGUGUAAGUAAUAAACGUUUUUUAUACCAUAUAAUAAUAUUCGUUAAAAAAUGGUAAUAGAUAUUCAAUUUUUAAAUGUUUUUAAUUGGUAUAAAUAUAAUAAAGAACAAAUUUUAUAUCAUAUAAUAUUGUACGUUUAAAAGUUGUAAUAUAUGUACACUUUUAUCCGUUUUUAAUUGAUAUAGGUAUAAGUAAUAAGCAAUUUUUAUACCAUAUAACAUUAUAUGUUUAAAAAUUGUAAUAAAUUUACGUUGUUUGAACGUUUUUUGUUGGUAUGAGUAUAAUAAUAAAUAAAUCUUAUAACGUA